AUGGCUUCCGCAGAACGCAACCUGCCUACUAGAACGAUGACCAACGACGACGAUGCCAUCCCUGACGAGGACACCAGUGAGGUGACCAAGCUCUUCCACGAGCGUCUGCAGGCAUGGAAGCACGCUUGUGGUUACCUUGAGGACUAUGUCUCGGCUACUGAGAAGAUGCAACACGCACACGCCAAGGAGUACGAGAAGGUGCUCAAGACUGUGUCAUCACCACUCAAGGAGGGCCACCACUUCGACCAGAACUUGGGCGGUGUCGCCGGCACCUUUGACACUAUCCGCUCAAACACUCAGGGCAUCUCCAACUCGCACGCCGAGACAGCAAAGCUCCUCAAGGGUUCCGUUCUUCCCAUCUUCGAGCGUCUCCACACCGAGAUCAAGAACAAGACCAAGGAGCUCACCAAGGGUGCUGGCAAGGGAAGCAAGGCUGUCGACAAGGCUCGCGCAACAUCGCAGAAGCACAUUGAGCUGCUUGGCCAGAACACAGCUGCUUUUGGAAGCACUGGUGGCAAGAUCAGCGCACACGAAGACCCCUACGUCCUUCAACGUGGUGUUUACCACCGUCUGAACAAGCAGGUCAUCGAGGAGAACAACAACCGCAACGACAUCAUCGCUGUCCAGAACAGCUUCGCCCAAUUCGAGGCUCACAUCCUCACCACCAUCCAGAAUGGCUUGGGCCAGUUCAACCAGGUUGUCGGCAACCAGGCCGAGCAGACUCGCACCAUGUACGGCAACAUGACCAGCACUGCUCAGCAGGUCGCCCCUGACUUCGAGUGGAACGGCUUCGUCCAGCGCAACAACCAGGUCUUGAUCGACCCCAACGCUCCUCCACGCUCCAUGUCCAACAUCAGCUUCCCCAACCAAAACCACAAGGCUACCGAACCUUUGAUUGCUGGUUCUCUCGAGCGCAAGGGCAAGAUGCUUAGAAAGUACGAGUCUUCUUAUUGGGUCAUCACUCCUUCAAGAUACAUGCACGAGUUCACGACCGACGACGACUUCGCAAAGGACCCCGUUCCCGAGACUUCUCUGUACCUUCCCGACUGCAUGAUUGGUGCCCUCGAUGGUCUCAAGUUCCAGGUCAAGGGCAAGGACGUUUCGGGCAGCAGCUUCGGCAACAAACUCUCCAUGUCACACGAAUACGCCUUCAAGGCACACACUCCUCAGGAUGCCACCAAGUGGUAUGAGGUUCUCAGAAGCUCGACUGGCACUACCACCAACGACCUCCCUCCCACCAGCCCUUCGGCCAGCAGACAGCCCAGCGCUAGCAUUCCCUCGAGCGAGAACGCUGGUGAGCCCACCAAGGUCUUCUCCGAGGAGGACACACGUCCACAGACCACCGACGCUGCUGCCCUCGAGGCUGAGCGCAAGGAGGCAGCAUAUGCCUCAGCCGGACCUAAUGACGGUGUUGCUACCCACAGCAAGGUGUAA